AUGGAAGAAUCUUUCCUGGAGCAUCCUACAUUCGACGGUGAAGGACGGAAUCCCUUCAAUUUCUCGGUUCUCGCGGAGUACCAAGCAGCUAGUGCAGUUUUGCAACAGAUCGUGGUUGAUAACCCGGAACGAUUUUUCAAGAAGAUGUUUGGAAACAGUGAGCUGAAAUGCUUUCGUCAGAAUGACGAGGACAAGAUUGUCCUGACAAAAGAGUUGCUUCCCAAGUUGGUCAGCUUCUAUCACAAGUCCAUGGCACAUGUCGAAGGCAUGGAUCGUUUAGAACAAACGAUCAAGACACAUUUCUAUCAUAGAGGUAUUCGCGACGAAGUCCGAAAACAAAUUGAGCAGUGCGAAGCAUGUGCGAAGAACAAACGAGCACGACGUGCUUAUGGAGAAUCUGCUCCACGUGAUGCUAUGGCGACGCCCUGGCAAGAAGUCCAUUGUGACACAAUCGGUCCGUGGAAGAUUGAGUUACGCCAACGGACGUUGAUUUUCAACGCUAUGACUAUGGUGGAUCCCUGCACAAACUUGAUAGACAUUGUGCCUAUCAUGCGACGCACGUCGGAAGAAGGUGCCCGAGUGGUCGAAGAUACGUGGUUUGCUCGGUAUCCUCGACCCAAGAAAGUGGUUACGGACAAUGGUCCGGAGUUCAAACUGGAAUUUAUUGCGAUGGUGAAAAAGAAUGGUGCAGUGCAUCGCUACUCGUCCCCUCGUAAUCCACAAGGUAACUCGAUGAUUGAACGGACUCAUCAGGCAAUUGGUCAAGUAUUGCGAACCAUUGUGGUCUCGCGCGAUCCCAAGAGUGUUGCUGAUGGAAUCAAGGUCAUUUCCGAAACCUUGGCGACAGCGAUGCACGCUCAUCGUUGUUCCGUGCAGAACAUCCUGGCCGUGCAACGACAUCGUCAAUCCUUGGUUGACAAACGUUUGCUGCGGGCCAAUGCUAAACGCAUUUCCUAUGACUACGCGGUCGAUGACCUGGUCUACAAGCGUGCGUAUGUCGGUCUCAGUGAUAAGUUGAAGCCUACGGCUUCUGGUCCCUACCGUGUUUCCCGCGUUCAUACCAAUGGCAACGUAACGAUUCAGCUCAGUCCUCAUCAGUUCGAGCGACUGAACAUUCGGCGCGUGUUUCCAAAGCAUCCAGUACCUCCGGUUGCCACCGGUACGGGUUAUUGAGGUUCCCCUGAUUCAUUUUCUAAAUGUUACUGAUGCUCGGCGC